AUCGGCGCAUUGAAGGAAUCUUAGAGGCGCCGGAGAAGCGAGCGAUGAAGCAAAUUCCGCGGUUAAUAUUUGUUGCCCAGCUGGCGCGAGGCGGACCGUUAGGGAUUUAAAUAGGGGGAGGAUUGCCCUGAGAUUCUGAGCUGGUCUCGUGGGGUUUGGGGGGGAAACAGCAUUCAGAGACUGACUCCUAGUGCAACGUUGUCAUCCUGCCACCUCGGCACCCUGCUGGAACACCCCCCACCCCCCCCAAAACAAAGUAAUGCUACGUUCGCACCCUGUGAAUGUACUAGGUGCCACUGCUGAGUGAUGUAGGGCGAGCCCCCAAAAGGGAUCUAAACGAGGACGAUGAGCGGGGAUCUUAGUGUUUGCGGGUCCCGGGCGGGCCUGGGGCUGGGUCUGGGGGCAGCAGCCGGCCUCGGUCUGUUGUAUCUAGCCUACAGUCGGGGACUGGGGAAGAGGACCUGUCGGGGCAAAUAUGGCACACUUGACUUCAGCAAUUUGAAACCUAGCAAGCCAGCCGUGCAGAAUCAGGCAGCACCAAAGGAAAGUAAAACACAGGUGACAGAGGAUUGUAGUAACAUUGCAGAAUUGAAGAAACAGCAACUGGAGAUAUGGGAGCAAUUAGACGUAAUCCUUCAAUGUGUGAGAGAGCUGAAGGAGGAAGUGGUCGAUCUUCGGGAGUGUUUGACUGGAAUGACUGAUCAGAUUGUUGGUGAUGUCAGGUCACAUUUAGGUCAAUGUGGAAAAUCAGGAAAAAAGAAGAGAAUAGGAUUUAGUAGAGAAAGAAGUAACUCUGCUGAAUCAAACUCCAUCUAUUUCACACCCAGCACUGGGAAUAAGAGCAGUGCUGAAACAGAGAGUGAAGGAGGAUAUACUACAGCUAAUGCAGAGUCAGAUAAUGACCGUGAAGAAGCAGCAAAUUCAAAUGCACCAGAUUCCAUGUGCAACUCAUCUCAUAAUUCAGAUGAAUUCACUCAACUUCUAUGCAGAGCAGACAGGUUGCAUGAAGGUGGAGAUGAAGACAAAACAAAGGGGUUUAAGUUGCUCUUGGAUAAGAAAACCAAGUAUCAUUCGAAGCCCGAGUUCUGCUGGCGACUGGCUCGUGCAUAUUGUGAUAUGGUGGAGAUAUCGAAAGAUCAAAUUGAGAAGAAGUCCUUUUUGGUUAAGGGGAAAGAAGAAGCAGAAGCUGGUCUUCGGAAAGACAAUGCAAAUGCAGAGUGCCACAAGUGGUAUGCUAUCCUAUGUGGCAAACAGGCUGACAAUGAGACCGUCCAGAAUCGUAUCAAAGCUGGACAUAGUUUCAAGGAGCACAUCGACAAGGCCAUUGAGCUGAAGCCUAAUGACCCUUCUUUAUACUACUUGUUGGGAAGAUGGUGUUAUGAGGUAGCGCAAUUAGGCUGGAUCGAAAGGAAGGCAGCUGCAACUUUCUAUGGAACACCUCCAAGUUCCACCAUUGAUGAAGCUCUAAAUAACUUUUUAAAGGCUGAAGAAUUGAAACCAGGAUAUUCCAAAGUGAACUCGGUCUACAUUGCAAAGUGCUACAGGGAUCUUGGGAGCUAUGCCACUGCCCUACAUUGGCUUGAAUUAGCAUCUGCAUUACCCAUCAAAUCUAAGGAGGACAAAAAUGCCGAAAGUGAACUACAAGAAAUGCAAAAUGUCCUCAGCCUAAGAAGCUAAGCACUGUCCUGUUAAGCAUAGGAGCUUAGAAGGUCUUUGUUCCACUGCAGAAUGUUAUGUAAAGCACUUUGAAUCCAAACUAUCCUGUUAUUCUGGUAUUUUAUUCUGUCUCUGAAGUAUCACAAAAUAUCAUAAAUCAU